UUUCCUUCCUUGGGCUUCAACAUUCGUUCUCCCCGUUAGUUUAUCAUUCAUCGAGAAUUAUGUCAGACACGCUGGAAAAAUCCAUUGAAAUCCUUGAAGCUAAUUAUAUUCCUUACUUGCACGAAAUUUUGGAAGCAACCGUGAAUCUAUUCGAGAAAGCAAAAAAGCAUCGGGACAAAUGCUUAAUAUCCAACACCGUUGGCACCGUUUCAUCCAGCAUUGGUGGCUGCAUUGGUUUCGGAGCACUACUUGCGGGCAUUUUUUUCACCGGAGGGGUGGCAGCAAUUCCAAUCCUAGCGGGGGUUGGAAUUGCACUGGGGGCGGCAGGAUCAAUUACUUCCCUCGGAACUGUAGCAGUUAGUCGAAGUCUGGAACGGAGCGAUAAAAAUGUUGUGGAAUUACUACUGGAUGACUUCAAAACUCGUAGGAUUCAAGUGUUAAACAUCCUGUUGCAAUUUUUGGACGAAUAUGACGAUUAUGUGAAACUGUUUCCAAAUAUACUAAAUUUUACGAAUCAAAAUUUAGCAAAUUUAGGGCUCUGGAAGGACGAAAAAGUUACCAUGGAUGAAAUUAGGCACGGAGAUCACAUAUUGCGACCAAUUGCCCUCGUCCCAUUAGCGUUUCAUCAUGGCAUCUGCAUUCAAAGGGGGGCCGGUUCUCCUCUCGAAGUAGUUGAUUAUGGCCCCCACGGCGUUCGAAUUCGUCCCAUGAAUAAGUUUUUAAAGAACAGUGAUUCCAUCAAGAAACGAAACUAUAACGGUCUCGAAUUAACCAUGCUGGAGACAUUCUCCUUAAUGGCAAAAGAACUUUCACCAGAUGUUCAGACAGAAUGGAGCAGUGACGCGUAUAACGUUGCGUCCCACAAUUGUGAACAUUUUGCAUCGUUUUUAAAACAAGGACGCACUCGCUCUCGACAAAUCCAUGCAGUCGCACGUGGUGGCGUUGGGGCGACCAUGGUUGCAAAAGUUGGACAAUGUACGGCGGGAAUUGUAUCACUGGUUGGAAAGGUGGGCGCCAAUUCGGCAAAUAUCGCCCUAAAGCCAGCCCUAAUUACGCAGCGGGUAAUGCAAGUUGCUGGCAGAGUGGCAGGUGGUCUUACCCCAUUCCUUAUUGCAGCUGAUAUUGGACUGUUGAUGUACGAAUUUCGUAGGCAGAAACCAAACCUAGUGUUACUCGAGAGGACUCGGCGGAAGAUUGAGGAAACUCUAACGGUUCUUAAUUCUUGCCUGACUGAACUAAAAAUAAGACAGGUGGAAGCGGGGGAGACUUAUGUUUAAAUAAGUGUAAACAAAAUUAUUACCGGCUGGUUUCUCAUUUAUGAUAGCCUCUCGCCUUAGUUUUGUCAUUAAAUUUAUAGAUAUUAAGUGCUUUAGAGACAGGUACUACUUGCUUCUUCAGAAAUAAAGAUACAACUAUCAUAAUUUCGUAGUGAUUAAGUUACAAGAUUCUUAUUGUUAUGUGUCUUAUCUAUAAUGCAUACUUUACAAACAUGCUGCAUUUAAAAUUAAAUAACAUCACAAGUAUUAAUAAAUAUGUACCUUAAUAAAUA